UCCGUCGAGAAGGGUUGAAACCCGCACCUCUUUUAAAUUUACAAAACUCGAACUACAACGCAUCAAAACAUAGUACUUUCUCAUACUGCCUUCUGUUUUUUUUGGUUGAAAAUAUUGGUUUUGUCAGCCUUUCGGCUAUGCAUCUUCUCCAUUGCUCAGCUUGACAUCUGCGUAAAUGGCUUGGCGAAGGAUUGGGAAGAAAGGACUUGAGGCCAGUCUCAUUAGAGCUCUUGCUUCAGCGCCUGUAGGAGCUGCAGCUGGGUUAAAUUCUACACCUAGUCUUGAUAUUGGUCUAAAAUCAAUUACUGCUUCUGUUAAAUGCAUACAUGAAUUGUCUUUCAGUUCGUUUCUAUUGGGAUAUAGGUAUCAUAAAGUUUUGAACAAUGAACCUUUAAUACGGUAUUUUCAUGCAAGUCCAGAUUUACUGGCUAAAAAGAAGAACUUUGACCAGGAGUUGGGUUUAAAUUUUAAGAACAAAAAACCCAAAGGGAAGUAUGCCAAGAGGGAAAGGAAGCCGCCUGUUGAAGCUCCAUAUGUUCCUAAACUGAAGAGAACAAACAAAUCCUUGCAAGAGAAAACUGUUGAGAUUUUUGACGGCAUGACCCUUGUUGAGCUUGCAAAGCGAACUGGCGAGGGCAUAGGUGCUCUUCUGGAUAUUCUCAUAAACCUUGGAGAAAGUACUGUGUCUGAAUUUCAGCCUUUAAGCAUUGAUAUUGCAGAACUCAUUACAAUGGAAGUUGGAGCCAGUGUCAAGAGGAUACAUGCCAGUGAAGGUAAAGAAAUUCUCCUACGGCCGCCCGUUGUGACUGUCAUGGGUCAUGUUGACCAUGGUAAAACUUCUCUUUUAGAUGCUUUACGCCAAACAUCAGUGGCAGCCAAUGAAGCUGGAGGCAUAACACAACAUCUCGGUGCUUUUGUUGUUGUCAUGCAGUCAGGGGCAUCGAUUACAUUCCUUGACACCCCUGGUCAUGCUGCAUUUAGUGCAAUGCGAGCAAGAGGUGCAGCAGUCACAGAUAUAGUUGUCUUAGUUGUUGCUGCAGAUGAUGGGGUGAUGCCCCAAACUCUUGAAGCUAUAUCCCAUGCAAAGGCAGCUAAUGUUCCCAUCGUGGUUGCAGUUAAUAAAUGUGAUAAACCAGCUGCUAAUGCUGAGAGAGUAAAACUACAGCUUGCUUCUGAGGGUUUGUUAUUGGAGGAUAUGGGUGGAGAUAUUCAGGUGGUUGAAGUUUCAGCAUUAAAGAAAACUGGAUUGGAUAACUUGGAGGAGGCUUUGCUACUGCAGGCUGAGGUGAUGAAUCUAAAAGCACGCUUUGAUGGACCUGCUCAAGCUUAUGUUGUUGAGGCCAGGCUUGACAAAGGACGAGGGCCGUUAGUCACUGCAAUAGUAAAAGCAGGGACUUUGGUUUGUGGGCAGCAUGUGGUUGUUGGCUCAGAGUGGGGCAGAAUAAGAGCCAUUAGAGAUGUGGCUGGGAUUUUGGAAGAACAGGCAACACCUGCAAUGCCAGUUGAGAUUGAGGGUUUGAAGGGGCUUCCAAUGGCUGGUGAUGACAUCAUCGUUGUGCAAUCUGAGGAGCGAGCGAAAAUGCUUAGUGCAGGGAGGAAAAAUAAAUCUGAGAAAGAUAGGCUGUUGAAGAUGACCGAAGGAAGAGCCGAGGAAUUGGAACAAUCAGAAGAGGUGCCUCAAAGGGUUGAAAUGCCAAUUAUUGUAAAAGCAGAUGUGCAAGGCACUGUCCAGGCUGUCACAGAUGCAUUGAGAACUUUAAAUAGUCCUCAGGUUUACGUUAACGUAGUCCAUGUCGGGGUGGGGCCUAUUUCUCAAUCAGAUGUGGACCUGGCGCAGGCAUGUGAUGCGUGCAUUGUUGGAUUCAAUGUGAAAAAGCCAGCGAGUUCUAUUAGUAUGUCAGCCAUUCAAGCCAGCAUAAAGAUACUGGUGCACCGUGUCAUAUAUCACCUUUUGGAGGAGAUUGGCAAUAUGAUAGUGGAGAAGGCCCCUGGCACUUUCGAAAUUCAGGUUGCUGGGGAGGCUGAGGUGCUGAAUCUCUUUGAGAUUUUGGGAAAGAACAAGGAAAGGGGUGGUGUAAAGAUCGCAGGUUGCCGGGUGAUUGACGGUUAUGUCUCCAAAUCAGCAACCAUGAAGCUGUUGAGAAGUGGAGAAGUUGUGUUCGAAGGACCUUGUAAGUCGUUAAAGCAGGAGAAGCACGAUGUUGAGAAAGUGGAAAAAGGGAAUGAGUGUGGGCUUGUGCUCUGCGAUUGUAAUGAUUUGCAGAUUGGAGAUGUCAUCCAAUGCUUGGAGCAAGUGAUUAGGAAACCCAAGUUCAUUUCAUCGGAGAGUGGGGCGGUUCGAAUCGAGUGCUGAACACUCCCACUUGCCGGUAAAAGUUUUUGUCCAGCAUAGUAAGACGGAUACACUUCCGUCGAGGACUUUAUUUGUUUGACCCUGCAUUUCUACAUUGAAAUUCAUGCAAAAGUAAGCAUGAUGUUUAGAGUCCGAACAAUUUAA